UGUGUGUUCACUCCGUCCUGUCGUUCUUUCUUUAGGAUACGUGACCCUGGCCCAGUCGGCGAAGCACUUGGGCGAGCAUGGCCAAGAGAAGGGUCGCUGUCAUCGGAUCCGGAGCGAGUGGACUCACCUGCAUCAAGUGCUGCCUGGAGGAAGGCUUGGAGCCUGUCUGCUUCGAAAGGUCUGGCGACAUCGGAGGACUGUGGAGGUUCCAGAGGCCAGAAGAGGGCAUCCGGUCUUCUGGAACGGAGGUUCCAAACGAUUGUGAGCUUCCAUGAAACGCCUGAAGAAGGAAGGGCCAGUAUUUACAAGUCAGUGGUCAUCAAUACUUCUAAGGAGAUGAUGUGUUUCAGUGACUAUCCAAUCCCUGAUCAUUACCCUAACUACAUGCACAACUCCCAGGUCCUAGAGUAUUUCCGGAUGUAUGCCAAAGAAUUCGACCUUCUAAAAUAUAUCCAGUUCAAGACCACAGUGUGCAGUGUGAAGAAGCAACCUGACUUCUCUACAUCAGGCCAAUGGCAGGUGGUCACCGAGUGUGAAGGGAAAAGGCAGGUAGAUGUCUUCGAUGGAGUCAUGGUGUGCACAGGCCAUCACACCAAUCCUCACCUACCCCUGGAGAGCUUUCCUGGAAUUGAAAAGUUCAAAGGGAAGUACUUCCACAGUCGAGAGUAUAAGAACCCAGUAGACUUCACUGGGAAAAGGGUGAUUGUAAUCGGCAUUGGGAAUUCUGGAGGGGAUCUGGCUGUCGAGAUCAGCCACACAGCCAAGCAGGUAUUCCUCAGUACCAGAAGAGGAGCUUGGAUCUUGAACCGUGUAGGGAAUCAUGGAUAUCCUAUUGACCUGACGUUCUCUUCUCGAAUUACCUACUAUUUGUCAAAGAUCCUUGGUUUAUCACUGAGAAACAGAUACAUGGAAAAACAGAUGAACCAAAGGUUUGAUCAUGAACUGUUUGGCCUGAAGCCUAAACACAGGGCUCUGAGUCAGCAUCCAACAGUAAAUGAUGAGCUGCCAAAUCGCAUCAUUUCUGGCUUGGUGAAGGUGAAAGGAAAUGUGAAGGAAUUCAUGGAAACGGCCGCCAUAUUUGAGGAUGGCUCCAGGGAGGAUGACAUUGAUGUAGUCAUCUUUGCCACAGGCUAUAGCUUUGCCUUUCCUUUUCUUGAGGAUUCUGUCAAAGUAGUCAAAAACAAGGUGUCCUUGUAUAAAAAGGUCUUUCCACCUAACCUGGAAAAACCAACUCUUGCAAUCAUUGGCUUGGUUCAGCCCUUGGGAGCCAUUAUGCCUAUUUCAGAGCUGCAGGGACGCUGGGCCACUCAAGUGUUGAAAGGGCUAAAGAAAUUGCCCUCCCAAGGUGAAAUGAUGGCAGAAAUAAAUAAGACUCAGGAGGAAAUGGCAAAAAGGUAUGUGGACAGCCAGCGUCACACCAUCCAGGCAGACUAUGUAGACAUCAUGGAAGAGAUUGCAGAUUUGCUGGGUGUCAGGCCCAAUCUCCUGUCUCUGGCCUUCACUGACCCCAAGCUGGCAUUACAGUUACUACUGGGACCCUGUACUCCAGUCCAGUAUCGCCUUCAGGGCCCUGGAAAGUGGGCUGGAGCCCGACAAACUAUCCUCACUACAGAAGACCGUGUACGAAAGCCUCUGAUGACAAGAGUAGUUGGAAAGGACGAUGCUAGGGCUUUGCUGACGACAACACGUGUCCUCAUGCUGGCUGUUGCUUUCUUUGCUGUAAUCCUGGCUUACCUCUAGAUGUGGCAGUACAGUGUUCCGGCUUCCACUGGAAAGAUCCAUCUAGGGGGCGGACACCUUCAGAACCAGCCUCAUACUGCACAGAAUCUCUCUCUCUCUUCCUCCCUCAAUCAUUAAUUUUUCUUGGUUUUCUGUCUGUGAUACUGGGUUUUGGUUUAUUAAUUCAUCUUCCUCCCUCUGUUGAGCCUCCGCUUUUUCCUUCUGACAAGUCCCAGAGCAUGAGCUCAGGUCUUCUUUUGUCAUAUUUAUAUGUCAUUUACAGAGUUCGCUUAAUGCUUGACUCUGUUGUGUUUCUAAUCUCGCAUACCUAGACUUCAGUGUGUAAUUACACAGCUUGAAAAGACUGCUCACACCAUUGAACACAUACUGGCUACAAGUUGACCUUGUUAGCUGAGCUAAUAUGUCUAUUUCAAGAAUUCCUACAGAGUGUGGUCCAGUAAGAACAACCAUUUAGGGCUCAGGACUAGAAAUCUAAGGUUACGGGUGCAGAUGGUGAGGAGCUCCUGGCUUCAUGAUGAAUACAGUGAGGCUAUUGCAUGGCAAGACAGAAAAUAUGUCAUCAGCUAAGUUCUGACAUAAGACAUAUGCUUAAUAAACACUUGUUAAUGUUUAUGAAAUGAAGGGUCAUCCCUAAGUCAAUUUAAUAAAUGGCUGACUCCAUAGAACUCUUUUGAUACAAUUCAUUAUCUACCAGAAGGCUAACUUUUGUUUUUAAUAUUAUAACUGAAUAUGUCCAUCUUUAAAAUGGAUGCUGGGGAUUUUAACUCAGGACCUCUUGCUUUCACAGCAAGAACUCUUACUCACCAAGCCAUCUUCCUAUCUCCUGCUCUCAUUUUCUUAAAAAAAGAACUACUAAACUGAACAAAGUGGCACAUACCUGUAAUUCUAGAACUUGGGAGUUUCAGGCAAAGGAUCACCACAAGUUCAAAAACAGCCUAGUCUACAUUGCAAGUUCCAGGCCAACCAGGUUUGCAUGCAUGGUGAGAACUUGGCUCAAGCAACAACAACAACAAAAAAUACAAAACCAGAAAAGAAAUUGCUCUCUAGGUUUAAAAGUCAUUGAAAUAAUUUCCGAUCUUCUAAUAGGUUGAUAAAAGAAUUUGACCAGCUGAAAGAGCAGCAUUAGAAUAACACUAUACAUAAGCAGAUAUGUGAGAACCCAAACUUUCCUUUUCCUAAUUGAAUACGUAUUCGGACAGCUGCCUCACUUUUCACCCAGUGUACCCUCUGCAAACUUAAGCACCGAGCCCUGGUAGGGCUUCUGGAAUCUUUUUCCUCACUCCAGUCCUUUAAAACUGAAUGUUUGGGGCUGGAGAAAUGGCUCAGAGGUUAGGAGCACUGUCUGUGCUCUGAGGUCCCGAGUUCAAUUCCAAGAAACCACACGGUAGCUCACAACCAUCUAUAAUGAGAUCUGAUGCCCUUGUCUGGGAUGCAGGCAUUAUAUACAUAAUAAAUAAAUAAAUCCUUUUUAAAAAAAGAAA